GGAUCCAAAAAUGACGGGAGAUGAAAUAGUGAUAUCAGGGAUAGCAGGAAAGUUCCCAAAUUGUGAAAAUAUUAAGGAAUUGCAGAAGAAUCUUUUAAAUCAAGCCGAUUGCGUUACUGAUAGUAAUGCUCGUUGGGAAUAUGAGAACCCUCAAAUUCCAUCGCGAAUCGGCAUUAUGAAAGAGGUAGAUAAAUUUGACUCUCUUUUUUUUGGAAUUCAUGGAAAAUUGGCCAGUCAUAUGGACCCAAUGUAUAGAAUAUUAAUAGAAACUGCAUAUGAAGCAAUUGUAGAUUCUGGAAUUAAUCCAAGAGAAUUAAAAGGAAGUAAAUCUGCAGUUUUCACUGGAAGCACUUUUAUUGAGUCGGAAAGAGAUUUUCUCACUGAUCGAAAAAACCAAAGUUCCUUUGGUCUGCAGGGUGUAAGUCGUGCUUUGUUGGCAAAUCGUAUUUCAUUUUUCUUCGACUUUACUGGACCAAGUAGUACCAUUGAUUCUAGCUGUUGUGGGGGUGCCACUGCAUUACAGGAAGGAUAUAGAGCGAUAAAAGAUGGACGAGCUGAAAACGCUGUUAUUGGUGUUGGUAAUAUUGUUCUGCUACCAAACAUGUCUUUACAAAUGUUCUUGUUAGGACUUUUAUCACCCGAUGGCAUAACAAAAUCAUUUGAUAAUGCAGCAGAUGGUUACACUCGCAGUGAAUGCAUUGCAGUCAUUUUUCUUCAAAAGGCUCGUAACGCAAAACGAAUUUAUGCAGAAAUACAAAAUGCCCGCAUGAAUUAUGGAGAUGCCAACAAUGACAAUUCCUUUUUCUAUGCAACCCACAAUUUUCAAGCUGGUCUUAUGCAAACGGUAUUGUCAGAGUGUGGUCUUAAGGGAAAAGAUAUUUCAUAUGUAGAAGCCGAUGGCUCAGGCAUUAAAGAUGUUGAUGCUGAAGAGGUACAAGCCAUUGAUAAUGUUUACAAUGAAGGAAGAAAAUCACCUCUUCUUAUUGGAUCUGUUAAAUCUAAUAUUGGAUCAUGUUCAGCAGCAAAUCCAAUAAAUGGAAUUAUUAAGGUAAUUACAGCAAUGGAGUCUGGAUACAUUCCUCCAAACCUUCAUUUUAAACAAUCUUCUGACAGAAUUCCAGCUCUAACAGAAGGGCGUUGUAAAGUUGUAACAGAAUUGACUCCUUGGACUGGAGACUAUGCAGUGGUUAAUUGUCUUAGUCUAACUGGUUCUGCUGCUAAUGUCAUAUUAAAAGAUUUUAAAAAACAAAAGAAAAAUGAAGGAAGACCUGACGAUAAUCUUUCAAGAUUAGUUACAAUUUCUGGACGUACUGAAGAAGCUGUGGAUUUCAUGCUGACCGAACUAGAAGGUAGACCCAUUGAUGUAGAAAUGCUUCAGCUUAUGUACGAUGUAUUUAAAACUGAAAUACCAGCUCACAUGUACAGAGGAUUUACAUUGCUCCCUCCUAAAGGAUUACCAAAAAAUAAAAUUCGAGAGAUUCAAUUACAUAUGGAUUUUAAGAGAGAAAUUUGGUACAUGUUUUCCGGCAUGGGGUCUCAAUGGGUGGGAAUGGGAAAAGAUUUAUUGCAUAUACCUGUUUUUGCGGAAGCCAUAAGUAAAUGUAAUAAAGUCUUACAACCUCAUGGUAUCGACAUAGUGCGUAUUAUUACAGAGGAGGAUUCAAAAAUGUUUGAUAACAUUGUUAAUUCAUUCGUUGGAAUUGCUGCCAUUCAGAUUGGUUUAGUAGAUAUCUUAAGUGCAAUCGGGUUGAAGCCAGAUUUUUUAAUUGGACAUUCAGUGGGAGAAUUAGGUUGUGCCUAUGCUGAUAAUUGUUUUACAGCAGAGCAAAUGAUUCUUUCUGCCUACUAUAGAGGACUGGCAUCAGUAGAGACAGACAUGCCUAAAGGUUCCAUGGCAGCAGUUGGUCUUGGAUAUGAAGAAAUUAAAAAGCUUUGUCCACCUGAUAUUGACGUAGCUUGUCAUAACAGCGAAAACAGCUCUACCAUCAGUGGUCCCGCUGAUUCCAUGAAAGCAUUCGUCGCAUAUUUGACAGAGAAGAAUAUUUUUGCUAAAGAAGUAGCCGUUAGUAAUAUUGCAUAUCAUAGCCGAUACAUUGCACCGGCAGGUGAAAAAUUAAGAAAAUACCUCCAACUAGUGAUACCUAAUCCAAAAGCUCGAAGUAAACGUUGGUUAAGCAGUUCAGUUCCACGCAAAGAGUGGAAUUCUGUUAGAGCUCGAUUAUCAUCUGCAGAAUAUCACACAAAUAAUCUUUUGAGUCCUGUCCUAUUUGCGGAAACAGCAAAAAAUAUUCCAUCGAAUGCAAUUGUUAUAGAAAUAGCACCUCAUGGUCUUUUGCAGGCAAUAGUAAAAAAAUCAUUGCCAGAAAAUGUCUCUAAAAUACCAUUAACUAAAAAAAAUCACCCCGACAAUGUUUCAUUCCUUUUUGAUGCCUUAGGGAAAAUAUACAUUGCUGGCUGCAAUAUAAAUAUGUCCAAUCUUUAUCCAAAGAUUACCUAUCCAGUUUCACGUGGAACACCGUCAAUUUCAUCUUUAAUCAAAUGGGAUCAUUCAAUCAAAUGGUACACUAAAUUUUAUACGCAAGAAAAGAACCUUCAUGAUGGAGAGAUUAAUUUUAUAAUAAAUCUAAAGGAAGAUGAAUGGAAGUAUUUGAAGCAUGCCAGGGUUAAUGACAAAAUAAUUGUUCAUACUUCUGUAUACUUAAAUCUUGUUUGGAAAGUUUUAAAAUUGUUAAAAAAUAAUUCUGAAUUUUCAGUAGUUUACAAUGAUGUAAAAAUUCACAAGCAUGAUGUAGAAAUCAGAGAAGAUGAAAGUAUCACAUUGGUGGUAAUGGUUCUAAGAGCUACUGGCUAUUUUGAAGUAAGCAAUAAUAAGAUUUUACUAUGCUCUGGGAUUGUACAAGCGAGUAAUACCUCUGAAGAGGAAUUUAGUCCAGUAUCUAAAAAUGCAGAUAAUGACUAUCAGGAUAUAAAUAUAAGUGAUGUUUACACGGAUCUACAGAAUAGAGGUUUACAAUAUUCAGGUCCGUUUAGAACUAUCUGUAAAGCAUCAGCUAAUGCAACCAAUGGGACUUUAAUGUGGAAAAAUGAUUGGACAACUUUUUUGGAAGGAAUGAUUCAGAUGUAUGUCCUAGGAAAUAAAGUUAGAAAAGCACAAGUGCCAAUUAAAAUUAGAAGAAUAGUAAUCAACAUGAAACUUCAGAAAGAAGCUUUAAAUAAAUCAAGCGAAAUUCCUGUGACGGUUUCUAAAAAAGGGAAAACUGUGACAGCAGGUGGUAUACAAAUGGAAGGAAUUGAACUUAAAUUUAUUCUGAAUCAAUCCAGAAAAAAUGGCACAGUUGCUGAGAAACUCUACAUUGUUCCUUGUACGGAUGGGGCAUCAUCUAGUUUAUUAGAGAUUUUAAGAACAACAUAUCAAUUUCUGAAUGAUAAUUCGGAAAGAUCAAAUUUAAUUCGAAUCAUUCACAAUAAAACUGAUGAUGUUGAAGAAGUAAAUAAUGUGUUCCAGAACGUUAUAGAAUCUCGUCAAGACAUUAAAAAGUUUAAAGUCGAAGUAGUGGCUUCUUCUGAAAUAUUGAUGAACAAAUCAGAAUUUAGUGACAUUGCGCUUUUAGUGCUAUUUAAUGUUGAACAACAAACACUGAAAGACCUCUUGAGUCACAUAAUAGACGGAUCAUUUAUAUUAACUUUAGCAGAACCGAAAAAUGAAACUUCAAUUUUGUCAAUUGCAGACUCUGCAGGAUUAGGUCUUGUUCUGAGAAAAUAUUCUUCCAAUAAUCAAGUUGUAUUGCUCUUUCGUCGAAUACAAACAGCCAAAAAAAUGGUUGUUCUAGAAAUCAAUGAUGAAGAAGAUUGGUCUACUCAAGUUGAAACAAAACUUAAUUCAGAAGAUUGUGAUAGGCUGAUUAUUGCAAUUAAAUCUAAAGAGUGCUCCAAUCUUUCUAAGAUCCUUGAUGUUCUUCACAAAGAACAAAAAUUAAAUAAAAUUCAAAUUGUAGACAUUCAAGAUCCUAGCGUGUCUAAAUUCUCCAUAGAUGAUUCUUUCUUCCGUUCUCAUAUGAAUCUCAAUAUGAAGUUGAAUGUUCUUUUACCAGGUAAAAUUUGGGGUAUUUAUCAACAUUUCCCAAUUUCUUCAAAUUGUCGACAUGUCUCUAAUUGGAUAGCUAGGCAGCAAAACGGUUCUGAUCUAGAAUCAAUCUCAUGGGUUGAAGGAUUAGCUAAAAAUGAUAAAAACACAAUCAAAGUUGAGUACUCUACAGUCAAUCAACAAGAUAUUUUCUUAGCAACUACACAAGUAGCAUUAGAAGACCCAGGGAAACAGAGACUUGAAACUAAAUUAUUUGGUCAAGAAUAUUCUGGAAUUGAUUUUAGAGGCAAUAAAGUUAUGGGGAUUUCUUCAGAUGGAUCAUUUUCAAACUCUAUUUCAUCUGACGCUGAUUAUAUAUGGAAAGUACCUGAUAAUUGGUCUUUAGAAGAUGCUGUAACUGUACCUUUAGUGUAUACUAUUGCUUAUCUCUCUGUUGUUAUAAAAGGAGAAUUAAAAAGCAAACACUCAGUUUUUGUCUACGAUGGCUGUUGUUCAAUAGGACAAGCUGUUCUUAAUCUAGCAGCAAAUAUUAAAUCGCACGUAUUCGUAGGAUACGCUAAUUCUAACGCCAAAAGGUUUCUAGAAAAUAACUAUCCACAUAUUCCCAAAAACUGCCUUAUAAGCACAUCAGGAAGUUUCGUUGAGAGAACCUUGUCAAGAACAGGAGUAAGAGCUUUAAAGAUAGUGAUAUAUAAUGGAAAUGAUUUAAGUGAAAUACGGAAUUGUUCUCAGUUGAUAAAAAGAGGAGGGAAAUUUAUUGUCAUUGGAAAUUUACACGAUUCUUUGACUAAAUCUGUUGGCAUACUAUUUUUUGAAGAAAGUGUGUCAAUAUCCUCAAUAAUUCCAUCUAAUAUAAUAAGACUUGACCUGACAACAAAAAGAAAAUUAUCACAAAUGAUGGUUAAUGGAAUUGAAACAGGAAUUGUAAAGCCACUGCCUAAACGUGUCUACUCAAGAGAAAUGUUAACAAAAGCUUUCAUUGACGGAGCUUCAAAAACUGUCUUCGAAAAAAUCAUUGUUAAAAUACAACCAGACGAUGGAGGUAACGAAAUCUUGGCAAUAUCUCGUUUUAUAUGUAAAAGUGAUGGAUCUUAUUUAAUAAUUGAAGGUUUUAGUGAUUUUGGACUGGAACUAGUUGAAUUUUUAGUUACUAGAGGUGCUAAGAAUAUUCAUAUAGUUUCUGAGUCAAAGAAUACAACAGCCUAUAUUAAUCAGAGAAUAAAUUUGUGGAGGUCAUAUGGAGUCUCGGUAGCAGUUCACGCAGAAUUAGAUCUUUUCCAUCAACAAAGUAUGAUUGAACUAUUUAAGGAGGCUCGUAAAUAUGGUACAAUAGAUGCCAUCUUUGAUCUUCAACGUAUAGAAAACUUAUCAAGUAGAUCUUCCAGUUCAAAACACUUAAUUACAAAAUACGCAUUUGAAGAAUCUAAACAAUUUUGUUCUAAUUUACGAGGUUUUUUUAUUUUUUCUGCUUGUAAAAAUAUAGAGGAAAAUGUGAAUGAUCUUUUGAUGAGAGAAAUAUAUUUGACGAAAAUUUUUCAAGAAAAGUCAGAAAAAACAUUCCCAGGACUUUUGAUUCUUUUAGGACCAGUAACUGGAAUUGCAAACUGUACAACUGAAGACGAAAGUAGUGUACCUUUCUUAUCGAUUCCUGGUAUUAUUGAACAAUUGGAUAAUAUAUUUGGUUUAAAUGUAUCUAUUGUACUUCUUUCUGGUAAAAUAUCUGAAGAAAGAAAAGAAACUUUCGAUUCUGAGAAGGUCGCUAUAGAGGAAACAGAGAAUUCAAAAUUCGUCAAGUAUAUUACAGAUUAUUAAUAUUUAACAUCGAAUUUUGGACGUAUAUCACUACUCUGAAUCUGAAUCCGUAGUUUAUUUUGCUACAGCACAUUACUUUUUUUAUAUUUGAAAAGAGUUUAUGAUUUUAUUCAUUAACUGAAAAAAUAUUUUUAAUUUAUACGAAAAUUAUGUAAUAUGUUGAACUUUAGUCACUUGUUCGCUGUGAUGUAAUAAAUACGUAAAAUACAUUUAUAUUGAAUUUGAA